AUGUGGUGUAUAGCUGCAAAUCGAUCAGUACUUACAGCACUUGAUCAAAAUACGACAAUUGCCGAACAUGAUACAAGUAAUUGUACAGUAACGACAAAUGAUAUUGAUAGUAUGGAUAUAAUACAAUUUGCUGAUGGUUGGUAUUCUUAUCCUGAUCUUAAUACAUUUGACAGUGAUUUACUUCUUACUACACUUACACUUCGAAAUAUCAAACCAUCAAAAGCUAUAUCUCCAUGGAAUAUGAAACAAAAAAAUUCUACUGGACUUCCUCUUACUGAAAUUGGAACUCGCCAAUUGGAAGCAUUAUUUAAUUUAUCACAAUUACUUUUUGGCUUAGCUCGAGGUGAACAAUCAAAUUAUACAUUUCGUGAUUUACAAUUAGGUAAAUCAGCAAGACAAUUUCGUGAAGCAGGAUUCAAUAAAUUUCGUAAGUAU